AUGUAUUUCCCUUUCCGCGGCCGCCAACCCCCCACCAGCUUGCGCUGCCUCGCAACGGCGUCCAUGGGGAUGAUUCUAUUCGCCAUCGUGCCGUUCGGCCCCUCGCACUCCUUGGGCUUCCGUAGCGAAAACAGUAGCUUUCGCCGCUCCGUGGUGGCGAUGGAGGCGGUGGAGAUUUCGCGCGGCGCCGGACGUGGCCAUCUCGAUGUGGUGGAAGCUAAUUUCGAGCCCGAUUCUACGGAAGUCACCGGCAUUGAAUUCGAUAACGUGAGCGAAUACCCGCAGCAGGCAGAUCUUUCUCACAAUAAGUCUACUAUUUGCCCUCCGCUUUCGAAAACCCAGCGCCUCGCCGAGCGUCGCAGAGCCAUGGAGGACGGCUUGAUCUCGCCGUUACUUCGCUCGGACAGUCGCAUGGGCCCCAUCCUCCCGUCGCAUCACGUUCCCUGCGAUGAGAGCACGUCGCACGUGGCGCAUCCCGUUCGACUAGCGUCGCUCGACGUUUUUCGCGGAAUGUGCAUCGUCGCCAUGAUAGUGGCGCUGGACGUGGGUUCCGAGGUGCCGUGGGUGGGAGUGUCUCCCUGGGACGGCCUGCAGCUGGGAGACCUCGUUGCUCCCUUCUUCCUCUUCGCCUCGGGCGCUGCAGCGGCGCUCACGUUCAGAGCCGUGCACAACCGCACUGCGGCCGUGCAUAAGAUUCUCGGGCGUGCCUGCUGCCUCUUUCUCCUCGGCCUCUUCCUUGAAGGUCUGUCAAUUUCUCCCUCCAUUUGCAUGCCUUCAACAGCAACCUUGUUGGACUGUAUCUCGAGCAUUGCCAGCGUGUCUCUGCCUGCUUCAGAACUCGCAGAGGCUCAUACCCCUUCCCUCGCGCUCACACCCUUCUCCUCUCACUCCCCCCUUCUCCUCUCACUCACACCCUUCUCCUCUCAUUCACACCCUUCUUCUCUCACUCACGCACACCCUCUAUCACCACACACCGACCUUUCCCUUGCCUCUCCUUCCACCUUCCGGCACCUUCCAGGUGGCUUCCUGCACAGAGCAGGGGACCUGAGUUUCGGCAUCAGUCUGACGCGCAUGCGCAUCUGUGGCACGCUGCAGCGCAUAGCCGUGGCCUACGCAGUGGUAGCCCUGGCGCAGAUGCUGCUGUCCGCGCCCAAGGAUAGCCACACUGACGGAUAUGGAGAGGGGCUAUCAGGCCUGCUCUCCUUCUCCCUCCUCACCUGGCAGGCGUCGCUCAUGCUAGCAGCUAUCUACCUCGCGCUCACCUUCCUCCUCUUUGUGCCUGACUGGACCUUCACUCCCCCCACCUCCUCCGCGUCCCGCUCUGCCGUCAACGCGACCUUCCUUCCCCACGCUGCGUCACCUGCCAGCAACACGUCUCCAGAAUUUCUGGUGGUGUGCUCUCGCACUGGCGACCUCUCCCCUGCCUGCAGUGCUGCGGGCUACAUUGACCGACUGCUGCUCACCACCAAUCACCUCCUCGCCUCGCCUCCCUACAUCCACCUGCCUGUGUGCGGUGUGCCCUCCACUCCCCUGUCGCCGCCUUCACUCCUCGCCCUCCCAUCCUCUGGCGACCAGGCACCCCCUGUGUGGUGCUCUGCGCCCUUUGAGCCCAUGGGGCUGCUUAGCACACUGGGUGCCACACUCACAGCCUUCAUGGGCUUGCACCUGGGCCACAUCAUCACCAGCUUCCAGAGCCAUGCAGCGCGCAUCAUCAACUGCCUCCUCUUCUCUGCUCUCCUCAUGGCGGCCGGGUUCCUCCUCCAGUUCCCCUUCUCCUUCUCCCUCCACGACGCCAUCCCCCAUGCAAACAUCCCUGAGUGGCUUGACAUAUCCUAUCCUGGGCUGCCUUUCAAUGCUCAGCUGUACUCGCUAAGCUAUGUCCUCAUAACAGCAGGAGCUGCUGCACUCCUUUUUGCUCUCAUCUACCUUUUUGUGGAUGCAGCAGGGGUGUGCUUCUACACGCUGCUCUUUGAGUGGAUGGGCCGCAACUCCCUCUUCCUCUUCCUCACCUGUGCCACCCCCCUCCUCUCCUCCAUCGCUGCUGGCUUUUACUGGGAGGAUCCACAGAAAAACCUCGUGUCGCUUCUACAUAAUCUGCUGCUAUGGGCAGGCCACGACUCCAAAACAGCAGCUAUAAUGACGGCCGCUACGAUUCUGGCACUAGAGUUUCUUACCGUCUGUUUCUCCCUGUAUUUACUGCGAGCUCACUGGAAGGUGGACUCUGGACUGCUUCACCAAUCGAUUCGAGCUUUUAACGCCGUAGUAAGGACGUGCCAAGCUCUUCGCAGGCUGCGUCUUUCGCGACCCAUGGCAGCGUUUCUCGUCAUCACUCUCAUCUUCUUCGCGCUCGGCUUUCUAGGCUGCGUUCUCGUUAGGGUCCUCUACGAUAAAGGCCCGUCAACGAACCUGCUGCAUGUCACGCUGGUCAUCACCGCAACCAUCUGCUGCUGGCUCUCGUGGGCGAUAGUGUACAUGGCACAGAUGCACCCUCUUGUGGUGCCUAUACUCAAGGCAGAAGGAGAAUAA